AUGGCCAAUGUGCUGCUCUACUUGGCAAAACAUUUCGCCGUCUCAACAAAUCCCCAAUCUCUAUUAGACGAGGCUAUGCCUAGUGGAUCAACAGAGUGGGACUACAACAAGAUCAAAACAAUCUCCUUUAUCGAUGAAAUUAUCCACGAAACACUCUAUUUACGAACCGCAGUCAUGACAGGCGGAUAUCGCAUCACACCCGCACAAGGGACCCAAGUCGACGGAGUGCAUUUUCCCGGUGACAUGAGUGCAUUUGUUCCGGUUCAAGCAAUCCAAACGGAUGAGAGAUACUAUAAGCAGUCCAGGGAAUUUAUUCCUAAGCGGUGGGGAGAGAGGAAGCAGGAAUUACAAGUUGAAGAUGCUCCUUUUAUGUCUUUUUCGCUGGGCCCGUAUAACUGUCUUGGAAAGAAUCUGGCUCUGUUUAGUCUUCGAAUCUCGGUUUCGAUUCUGACUCAAAUAUAAUAUCACAUUUGCACCAGAUAAGACUGGCGAAAAUUCUGAAAAGCGGGCUCUUGAUACAUUUACGACCACGC